UCGUCACCCGGAUCCCGUACCUGCCCUCUCUGCUCCUCCUGCGGUACAAAACCUCUACGCAUGCGAAGUGACUCUCCCUUUUUUUUUUGUAAGCAAGACAAAAGGUUAUUGAUUUUGAAGCACUUAUGGCCCAACCACUGUCGACUCCUUUGUGACAGCGGUUGAGGUGUCGAAGCUGGUCUGGUCUUGGUUGUAGUCCUAGUUCCAUGUGUUGCAUAUCUGUGCUCACCAGCUACCACACAAUUAUUAUUUUUCGUAAAGGAUUAUUUUUGUAAAAAUAGUUCUUAGUACCACACACAUUCCUCAUAUUGAAGUAAUUCUAGUGUCACAGUCAUUUUAUGUUUGUUAUCAGGGUGGUGUACAACAGCCCAUCAUGGGGGAUGAAGAUUUCGCAUGUGGGCACUCUGGGGCCUCCUCAACAUUCCCACAGCAGUGCUCUGCUUUGAGGAAGAAUGGCUUUGUCAUGAUCAAAGGACGUCCCUGUAAGAUCAUGGAAAUGAGUACCUCUAAGACCGGCAAGCAUGGACAUGCCAAGGUUCAUCUUACAGGACUUGAUAUCUUUACUCAGAAGAAGUAUGAAGAUAUCUGCCCAUCUACCCAUAACAUGGAUGUCCCACAUGUUACAAGGAAAGACUACCAGGUUAUAGACGUCGCAGAGGGUUUCUUGGGCCUGCUGGAUGACGCUGGAGCAAUCAGAGAGGACCUUAAGGUGCCAGACACCGACCUGGGAAAAGAAAUCCAGACGAAGUUCGAUAAUGGAGACAAUUUUAUGGUCACUGUGCUGAAAGCUUUAGAUGAAGAAAAUGUCAUUGCCACCAAAGCCCAGAAUUAAUAUGCCCAGGACAGCGCUGAGGACUUCCAACUGCUACUCUCCAGUGUGGCUUUGCAGCCUUCACCCCACAUCUCUACCAGUUUACCUGCUGGUCAACAGAAGUCUGGAAACUGGACAGGGUCAGCUUCAACCAUGAAGUUAUCCACCUGCAGCCGUCACAGCUUAAUUUUGCAAUUGCUACUGAUAUUAUUUCAGGAAUAUCUUAACAACAUUCCAGCAUUUCAUAACAUUCUUUUGAGUAUCAGUGACAUGUGUCUUUUUCUGUCUGCAUUAUUAUUUUUCUAAAUCCCUCUUAUGCCCCCUUCCUUUUUUUUUUUUUUUUUUUUUUCUUAAUGAAAUGUAGAUCUUUUGAGUUGGCUGUGAGCAUGUAUCCUGAGGUUUGUUUACAAUUGUGAUGCUGCACCCUGCUUUCAACUUAAAUUGUCCCCUAAAAACCGGCUUUUAUCUCUACUGGCUGACUUGAUCCCUCAAUCGAGCUGCAGCUCUACAGCUCAACGGACUUUAAAACAACUUCAUGGCCAGAAUAUGCCUUUGACAAUUAAAACAUAUGCAUGGAAACUUCUAAUUGACAAUUGACUUGUAUACACAUGCCCUAGCAGCUGUGAACUUCUAUAAAAUACAAUUUACUUUGCAUUUCAACUGUAGCAAGGAACUCUGCUGUUUUCAAGCCGAACAGGGGCGGCGGGUGCACCCGUUUUCUUUUUUCUGCUAUGAAACAUUUUCCUUUCACUUGAGGCCUUUAUGUAUAGGACAUCAUUUUGAAAGAACAAAACACUGAAGACCUUAACUAUUAGCAACACCACAAUGCUUCAGAGGAUUCUUGGCACACAAUAGUCAAAACGUAAAACCAUUUUACGUUUUGUAAAACGUAGCCAGGUCUAGAUGAUGGGUCUGCUGCGGGUUUUCCAAGUCUUGUCACCGGAGACUUUAGUGCUCAAGAACGGACCAGAAGAGUGUUACCACAGAGCGAUAUUAUGGGCUGCAGGUGAGGCACGGUGGUUGUAGAGAGUAAAUCUUUUGGGGUGCUUGGUCUGUUUGCUGUGCAAUGGGAUUUUUAAGCAUGUGCAGAGUUCACUCUAAAACAGAUUGUGGCUCAAAAUAAUUUUUAUGAAAUAAAGAGACCGUUGGUAUUUGCAAGAAAAUCGGAAUGUGUUACAUGCAGUGCAUUAACAUGGUUGCUGUAGAUUCAGAAACAGGUAGUCCGUUUUCUCCCCUACCUCCUACCAUUAAAAUGAAAACUAAAGCUUUUUUUAAGUGUAUUUGCAAUAUAUUUGAAGCGCUGCAGGCUGAGGUUCUUCUGAUUUAAUGGUGCAGUGAGGACCGAUUCUAGUACAGUAUUUCAAGAGCCCAGUGUCUAAAAAAAUGACCCGUUAUUAAGUUACUUAAGUAGACUUAUUUGUUUUAGUCUGACUUUGGAUUUUGGCUCUAUGCACUGUUCUCAUAGCAAUACUUUUGCAAUUUCAAACUUUGAUUGUGAUCCUACACUUUUAUUAAAAAAACAACUAUAAACUCAGUGAAGUGUAAACAUGUUGAAUAAAUCAGAUUUCUCUAGCAGAAGUCCCAUAGUCCCUAACACCGGCCAAGGACAGUGUUUAACGUAACUUUUAAUGACGUAUUCCUAAAAGUUGAAAUGGUUCAAUCAGUGUAAAACAUACUGAUUGUAAUCUUAACAUUGGAUGAUAAUGGGCCCAGUUUUUAAGUUUGAAGUAGCCUACCUGAUUUUGUUCAGACUUCGUUCCAGCUAAAGUAUUUUUUACUUCAUUCAAGACACCAAAGUAAGCCGCUGAAUGUUGUAUUGUGUAUCAAGGUCUACAUUAAUUUUACUUCUCAAUAUUCAGAUUUUGUUAAAUGCGUUGGGAACUAAAGCAUCACAACAGUGGCUUCUACGUAACUUCUUCUCCUGGCCAUCUAGAGUCUCACUUAUGGUACACAACGGCACAACGGUAGUACUCUGGACUGCAAGAGCCAAAGCUGGAAGCCACGUGACCGUACUAACAGUGCAUUUCAGAGUGUUCUUUUCUUUUUACGCUGCAGGAAAAAGCACUUGCAAAAGAAAGCACCAAUGGCAGCACACAGUGGAAACACUGAUUCUAUGGCAAAUUUGGGGACACAUGCAUGGCAACUUGAAAUCCCUGCUUGUGUUUAUAAGCACGUAGGUCAUCUCACAACUUGUGCGUGUAAAACCUGUUCUACACAUUGCAGAAACUAGUCUUUGGGUAGUUGAUUAAACUAGAAAAAGUUCAACUCGUUUGACCAGGGAGCCUAUGUACACUGGCGUGCUGUUCCAUCCUUUUAUUUUGGUUGCAAGCCUGCCAUCGUGUCUGUGAAGACCAGAUUUAGUAUGUAGAGCAGUGCUUUCCAAAUCCUAAUAUCCAAUCAGUAGUGUUACUUUCUGGUUGUGUCCUCAGCAGCUCUAACAGAAUAAGAGUCUUCCUGGAGUCAUAUUUGUGUUACAUGUAUCCAUAACCAAGGCCAGACGCAGGGAAACGGACUGAUUUCUCCCCAUCUGUUCCCUUUCCCGUUAUUAAGCUGGUCUGGUCUCUGAUAUGUAGCACUAAAUACUACCACACGGCUAGUUAAUGAUCCGCCACCUUUAGCCGUCUCUCACAUGGAGACAGGUUACAGAACUGACCUCUUAUUCCACUGAGAAAAUGUUUACACUGUGUUCUGUCCUCGUUGGUUUCCCAUGCUGAUCUAGGAUCAGAGACUGCAAGGCAUACAACUACCAAAUGAUGAGUCAAAGUGUCAUGAGGGCAGAUUUUCUCAGGGGAUCCAAAUAAAAUGUCAGGAGAUUUAUUAUUAACAGUGUUCAGCAGUGAGGAUAAUAAAUUCGAUGAUUAGAGUUUUUAUUUUGAUUCAUUUGUGUCGUGAGUCCACUAUUCUGGUAUUGGAGAACGUUAUGUUUCCUGCCCCCCAUUGAUAUUGUCUGCUUCAAAUUUUCAAGAUUUAUUUGUGAGUUUCGACCACAGGCACAGCGUAUUAUGUUGAAUCGGGAACAGGUGACUAACUCAGUCCUGUACUUUAUGUUCCUGGUGUAUGCUGUGAGGGGUUCCUGGAGUCUUCUUCUUCCUUUUUAAUGUUUGAUCAAAACAAUUCCUAGAGAAAAAUUUGACUGUUAACUUCUUCUGGAACAUAAAGAUACAUUGGCUCCUCUAUUCUAACUGAUGUAUAGUUGCUGUCUUAAAAAUCAAAAACUUUCUAUUUUUAUUGUAAAGGCAAAAUAAAGAUCAAUCAGAUGUUCCUGGC